UCAAUUUGGUCUAACGUUACAUAGAGUCUAGGCUUAUGCCUACGUGCUUGUUAAAACAUUCUUUGGUUUGAUUCUGCCGAUUUAUGUUUGUGUGACUGUAAGGCGGUUUGCCAAAAACUUUCAACCCACAAUGGUAUAUUUAUGUGAAGCAGCGGGAUGCAAAUCCCAUACUUCCAAGCGGCAAAAUUUGGAGAAGUAUCCGUGGAUGCGAGACGUGAGAUGGGUGAAGUUCCCGCGAGAUGAGGAGGCUCGGAGGAGGUGGAAGCGUCUGAUCAGGCGAGAUGGGCCAUGCAAGUAUGGUGCCAAAAUCGUCAAAAACUUGGUUAUGAGCAGGAGGGUUAGGCUGUGCUCAAGACACUUUGAUGAAAUCGAUAUAGACAUGUCUGGUAAUUCAUCAGCAGAUCCAAAAUAUUUUGCUUGGAACAAUUGGGGUUGGGACUCCGAGAUUGCAGCAAAGUCAUCCCACUCUGGACCAGAGUGUGGUGGUGGAGUCACCGGAACUUCCUCGGGCACGGCCUCACGUUAUGAGUUUGAUCAACAUGAUCAACUUACUGUAUUGGGUGUUGAGGAUGUUGAUUCAACUGCACCAAAUAUUGUCAGAAAUAUGAUGCCAAUGCAGGCAGUGGAGUUUCCAGAGACUAACGGUUGUGCUCAUGAUGAUCUUAAUGAAGCAGAGUGUACCGUUAAAAGGGAAGGUGAAAGAGAAGCGUCUCGAAGUCCAAGUCUACCACUACCACCAGAAAAUUGUGUUUAUAAGAUAAUAGAAGAAGAGAUGACCACAGAAACAGACCUUUCUCUUCAACCUUCCUCAUCAGAACAGCAACAGGAUCAAAUACAUGUAAAUGGUAAUGAUGGAAUACAUACACCAUUGGGAGAUCAUAAUGAACCAAACUCAGAGGUUUCUCAAUCUGUUUAUGUCAUCUCUAGUGGUGGAACUUCAGUUGAAAGUUUAUCUUCAGCUCCUGAACCUACAGUUAAUGUAGCCCAAUCUUCAUGGCCCAUUACAGCAACACAAACAACUCCAACAAGAAUACGUGUGACACCACCAAGCAUAGCACCCCACAACCCGCUGCCUUCAUUGCCUCAGCGGACUAUGUAUAGACCACGAGCAACAACCUCAUUCACAGCACCGAGAGCUUCUUUUCCCCGAGCACCUCCAUACACACCUGCUUCAUCCAACCUACACUCAACACAUCCACUCAAGAAGAUGCAUCACAUGGAGGCAUCCGGGAGAAAAAGAUCAAGCGGCGAUCCUUACGAGAAAUAUCUCCAAGCGGAGAUAAAAAAGUCAAAUGCUGAAGUUGAGAAACUCAAAGCUGAGAAGGAAAUGUUUCAAGAAAUAAGAAGAAAGACCGUGGAAGAGACGAGCCUUAUCACUAUGAAGAAAGAAUUAAUUCACCUUCAGAUCCAGAAGAUGAGAGCAGAUAUGGAAGAAAGAGAACAACUUGAUAAUCUUAACUCAUUAGGAUUUGAAGAAUCAAACGCAAGUCCCUAAUAUUUCAUUGGUUGAAAAUGAAGUUGCAAUUAAAAGAGAGGAGUGCACCCAGAUAUGAAAUGAGAUCAUUUUAUUCUUUGCUUUAGUAGGGAUAGUUAGUUCUCUUUCAAACAAAUGUCUUUUUCAUUUAUGAAAACCUGUUAUUCAUUUCAAGCUUCAUCUAGAAUGGAAAUUCUGCUCUGUUGAUACAAAGCAAAAACAUUAAUUCGUGUCUUGCAACGGUAAAAUUAAUUAAUUUUUCACAUGAAAAAUCAAGUACUUAAUUAUAUUUUCUGUUUUGAUUUACCUGUAAAUGAAAGAUGGAUGCACCUUCAUAAGUUAACCUCUCCCUGACAUUUUGCAUGUUUAAAAUAUUACUAAAAUGUAGUUGCAGAAAAUACUGAUUUCAUGAGAAAGUCUGUUAAGCCAAGGUUAAUUUCAUUCUCAUCUUAGAUGUAGAUUUUGGUAUACAUAAAAAAAACCUGGUGAAAUCCGUAAAGAGACUCAUCUGAUCGGUAGAACUCAAAUAGAACAAAUUUUUAUCUUUCCACAAUCAAUUUUGUUUUACCUUGUGAGCCAUUCUCC